CCUCUCUUAUUGAAGAUGUCUAUGCAAAUCUACGCUAGGACUCUUACAGACAAGACCAUAACCCUUGACGUUGAAAGCUCCGACACCAUCAAUAACGUCAAGGCAAAGAUACAGGACAAAGAAGGGAUUCCGCUAGACCAGCAAAGACUCAUCUUUUCCGGUAAAUUGCUAGAGGAUGGCCGUACUUUGGCUGAUUACAGUAUCCAAAAACAUUCAACCCUCCACUUGACUCUCAGGUUGAGAGGUGGUAUGCAGAUAUUCGUCAAGACCCUUACCGGUAAAACCAUUACCCUAGAAGUCGAGAGUUCAGACACCAUUGACAAUGUUAAAGCUAAGAUUCAAGACAAGGAAGGGAUCCAACCAGACCAACAGAGACUCAUAUUUGCAGGCAAGCAGCUCGAAGAUGGUCGAACGCUUUCAGAUUACAACAUCCAGAAAGAAUCAACCCUUCACCUUGUACUUCGACUGAGAGGUGGGAUGCAGAUCUUCGUCAAGACCCUUACCGGCAAAACCAUAACUUUGGAAGUUGAGAGCUCUGACACGAUCGAUAACGUGAAGGCAAAGAUCCAAGACAAGGAAGGGAUAUCACCAGACCAACAGAGACUCAUCUUUGCAGGCAAACAGCUCGAAGAUGGCCGCACUCUUGCAGAUUACAACAUCCAGAAAGAGUCAACCCUCCAUCUUGUGCUGAGACUCCGUGGUGGGAUGCAGAUUUUUGUAAAGACCCUUACUGGAAAGACUAUAACUUUGGAAGUUGAGAGCUCUGACACAAUUGAUAACGUGAAGGCCAAGAUCCAAGACAAGGAAGGGAUUGCACCAGACCAACAAAGACUCAUUUUUGCUGGAAAACAGCUUGAGGAUGGUCGCACUCUUGCUGAUUACAACAUCCAGAAAGAGUCAACUCUUCAUCUCGUGCUGAGACUACGUGGUGGGAUGCAGAUUUUUGUAAAGACCCUUACCGGAAAGACAAUAACUUUGGAAGUUGAGAGCUCGGACACAAUUGACAAUGUAAAGGCAAAGAUCCAAGACAAGGAAGGGAUCGCACCAGACCAACAAAGACUCAUCUUCGCUGGUAAACAGCUUGAGGAUGGUCGCACUCUUGCAGAUUACAACAUCCAAAAGGAGUCAACCCUUCACCUUGUGCUGCGUCUUCGUGGUGGGAUGCAGAUAUUUGUUAAGGAUUUGACGGGAAGCACCAUCACGCUUGAGGUGGAAAGCUUUGAUACGAUUGACAAUGUGAAGGCACAGAUUCAGGACAAAGAAGGGAUCCACCCGGACCAACAGAGGCUUAACUUUGCAGGGAAGCAGCUCGAAGAUGGUCACACUUUAGCGGAUUACAACAUCCAGAAAGAGUCAACUCUUCACCUUGUUCUCCGUCUCGCCGGUGGAAGCUUUUGA